CAGUGGUGAUGCUUCUUGUUGUCUUUGUGUGAAGGAGUGGAGCGCGAUCUCACAUCACUCUUCCCUCUUCCCCGAGCCCUCUCGAAACUCUCCCCCGGGUUUCUACCCUCCCGAACCUCUCCCCUUCUACCCUCUCAACCCCAACCCUCCCCCCGGGUCUCUCCGCCAGCACCAGCACUCAGAUUUCUGAAAACCUAAUGGUCAGUCGGGCCCGUUGGAGCCGGUGGUAGGAUGUUCUAAUGGACUCAUCAUGGGUGUGAAUGCUGCUGUAACUUUAUGCUGCAGAUACAGACCAUCACUGUUCACCCCUUUAUCAUAUAUCCAUCUUGGAGACCAACAACCCCAGUUUCAAGCAGACGGACGAAUAGGUUGCAGUCAUGGACUCCGGUGUGAUUGAAGGAGGGCUCAAUGUCACCCUUACCAUUAGGCUGCUCAUGCACGGCAAGGAAGUUGGAAGUAUUAUUGGAAAGAAAGGGGAAUCUGUGAAGAAGAUGAGAGAAGAGAGUGGGGCUCGCAUCAACAUCUCUGAGGGAAAUUGUCCCGAGAGGAUCAUUACAUUGGCAGGUCCAACCACAGCCAUCUUUAAAGCAUUCUCCAUGAUCAUUGAAAAGCUGGAAGAGGACAUAAGCAGCUCUAUGACCAACAGCACAGCCACCAGCAAGCCCCCAGUGACCCUACGCAUUGUGGUGCCUGCGAGCCAGUGCGGCUCCCUCAUCGGGAAAGGUGGCUGCAAAAUCAAGGAAAUUCGAGAGUCAACCGGUGCUCAGGUACAAGUGGCAGGAGACAUGCUCCCCAACUCAACGGAGCGGGCCAUCACCAUCGCUGGCACUCCCCAGUCAAUAAUUGAGUGUGUGAAGCAGAUCUGUGUUGUCAUGCUUGAGUCUCCCCCUAAGGGGGUCACUAUCCCCUACCGACCCAAGCCUUCAGGAUCCCCCGUCAUCUUUGCAGGCGGACAGGCAUAUGCUGUACAAGGACAGCACGCGAUUCCACAGCCAGAUUCUUCCUCUGCUGCUAUCUCUCCACAGCUCACCAAGCUUCACCAGCUGGCUAUGCAGCAGGGCCCCUUCCCCAUCGCACCAAGCAACCAGGGAUUCACUGGGAUUGAUGCUUCAGCUCAGACCAGUUCCCAUGAGAUGACCAUUCCAAAUGAUCUUAUUGGGUGCAUCAUUGGCCGCCAAGGAGCAAAGAUCAAUGAGAUCAGGCAAAUGUCGGGCGCCCAGAUCAAGAUUGCGAAUCCAGUUGACGGAUCAACUGACCGCCAGGUCACCAUCACAGGCUCGCCCGCCAGCAUUAGUCUGGCGGAGUACCUCAUCAACGCCAGGCUUUCCUCUGAGGCCACAGGACUGGCAGCCAACUGAUAAGACACUGCAUCUGCACUAAAUCUCACUUUUUAUAUCAUCGGCUAUCAUAAAGCAGUCAAAUGCAACUACCCAACUUAAUGAGAGAGACUUAAUGUCAACCGCCACCGAUUUGACCCGCUGACGUCAUUAUUUAUUUUCUUUCAUUUUGGUUUUAGUCAAAAAAAGAAAACGAUUAGGUUUUUAAUUCCCCUUUUUGAGUGGAGUUGGAGGUUUUAAUGAUUUACUAGACUUUAUCUUGCUUGGGUCCCUCACUCUCUCCCCCCUUUGUUUCUUUGCCAUCACAGAGUAGAGUUGGUAAACUCUGAAUAGUCAUAUAGAUUUAGUUCUGUACAUUGAGACAAAAAGGAAAAAUGAACAUAAGUAUCAGAAAAAAGAAUAGAGUGACUGUUUUAUUCCAUAUACACCUCCCUCUUUUCCUCACCCAGUUCCACAAGUCGGUCUGUUUCACAUCCACCCUCACUUUAAAUAAUGCAGCAUUCUCCCCCUUUGUCACCCUUUUCAAUUGAAGUGCUUGUAACUAUGAUCAUGCUUGUGUCACUGAGAAAAAGUAGCUGUACAUGCACUGUCACCGAUUUAUAUUUGGUUAUGAUGACAAACCUAACACUCAGAUGAAUUUAUCCAGAUAAUUUAAAAUUUGUUUUACUACGCACGUCAGUUUUCCCCCACUCUACAUGUCAUUCCUGUCUCCCCCCCCACUUUCCUGGUCCUGAGAUGUGUGGAUAUUUUGCUGGGAUUGGGAGGUUUUUGGGGUUUGGGCUCGGCUCAAGGGAUCUGAAGCAGAGGGUUCUCCUCGCUUUUUUGUAAAGACUGAUAUAUACUUAAAAUAAUGUUGAAAUAUUUGUUUUAAAAUGGAGGAAAUAUUUUUUUUUAACUACCAAAGGGGGAUUAAACUCCUGAACACUGACUGAUCUGUCAAUUCAAUGUGAUGAGGCUGAGAAGUGAAACCAGUGAUGCUCUGGAACUAGACAAAGCAAGGGUUGUGAGUUAACACUAGUUUCCUGCUCUUUCCUUUGCUAAGGUCGGAAUUUAUUUUAUUUUUUAUUUGCAGGAAAGAAAAAGAAAAAACUUUUGUGCACGUUUUUGAGACUGUAGACCUGGGUGCCACAACAUUGAUAAAAAAAAUGGAAAUAAAGAUAUGAAAUGCUCAAACCACAAA